UCAUUUUCCCACCGCACAGUGAAAGGGCGGUGGCACUGUUUUAAAAAAAAUGAAGAGGGAAAGCGAUUGUGUCGAAUUCAUUUCCCCCAAAUCAGUGAUCGGGUGACACUGGCCGCUACGGUGUCCUGUUUUGUAGAUAAAUAGUAAACUGUCAGAGAUUUCGUCUUUUUGGGGGGUUGUUUUUAUUAGAUUGUGCUCCAUCAUUUUAUCGGAGGUACUGAAAUGCAGCCAGCCUCGUUUGAGCGAGUGGCGCCCCCUCCCCUUUCGCCCACAGACACCAUCACCAGAGCAGCUGAGAGAGAAAAAGAGAGACCAAUAGGCAGCACCAGUGAAUGGAACCAGCGGAGGAGAGAGAAAUGUACAAACAUCAUCCAGACAGACAAAGGAAAACAUGGAUUCACAGGGGGAAAUGUCCUUGAAACAGGUAGCAGCGAGUGUGCGUUGGUCGUCCUGCACAUAGUCGGACUAUUCCAGUGUUUUUCAUGAGGCAGGUGGGGACAAAUAGCAAACUGAAAAGGCGGAAAGAUUUCUCCAUUCCGUCUGCAAAUUCUGCCCACCUGCGAUGGCUGUGACGGCGCGAUGCUGUUACAGUGUAAUGGAGAAUGUGCCCUUUUCCUUAUAUUUGGUUAUUUUCGUAGCCAGUGGCCUUACUAAUGCACAAAUUCGAUACUCCAUUCCGGAGGAGCUGGAGAACGGGGCAAUGGUCGGUGAUAUUGUCCAGGAUUUGGGUCUGGACCUGAGAAAACUUUCCACCCGGCGCAUCAGAAUCACAUCGGACAGUGGACGGAGAUAUUUCACCAUCAAUCACAAAACUGGAAAGCUGGUGGUGAGUGACCGUAUUGACCGAGAGACAGUUUGUGAAUUCAGUGGUACCUGUUCACUUAACCUGGAGGUGGUAUUAGAUAAUCCAUUUGAGCAGCACAACGUGGAGGUUGAGAUUUUGGACGUAAACGAUAACGCACCACAGUUCCCUCGAGACGAAUAUCAGCUUGAGGUGUCAGAGUCUGCUCUGACCGGGUCGCGGUUCCAAAUCGAGGGAGCUCAGGACGUAGAUGAUGGCUCAAACUCGGUGAAGCAGUACCGACUCAGCCCAAACGACCACCUCACUCUGGACUCCAUUAAGCUUUUUUCCAAGCACAUCGAGCUCAUUCUCAAAAAGCCCUUUGACCGCGAGCAGAUGCCCUCUCAUCACUUCACCCUGACAGCAAUGGAUGGAGGCAUCCCGCAGCGAACUGGCACUGCCAAAAUCAAUGUGCGUAUCAUUGAUGCCAAUGACAAUGUGCCUGCUUUUGACAGCUCCGUGUACAAAGUAAAACUGUUUGAAAACUCUCCAAAGGGCGCACUUGUGAUCAAAUUAAAUGCAACAGACCCUGACGAGGGCUCAAAUGGAGAGGUCUUUUACUCCUUCAGCAGUUACACGCCAGAGAGAGUCAGACAGAUGUUUUCCAUGGACACAGACACAGGAGAAAUUCGAGUGAAAAACAAUAUUGAUUAUGAGGAGACAAACUCAUAUGAAAUGUAUAUACAGGCUAUGGACAGAGGUCCAGCUUCUGUGGCAGUGCACUGUAAAGUAGUUGUAGAAGUUUUGGAUGUCAACGACAACAUUCCUGAGAUUGUUCUCUCUUCACUCUCCAGCCCGGUACGUGAAGAUGCUCGGGCUGACACAGUUGUAGCAUUGAUCAGUGUGAAUGACCGUGACUAUGGACCAAACAAACAAGUAACCUUGGAGAUCAUGCCUCAUUUGCCUUUUAAGAUCAAGUCCUUCCGAAACCAAUACACUAUUGUUACAUCUGCUUUCCUGGACAGAGAAUCCAUCUCCUCUUACAAUGUCACCAUCAGUGCUGUAGAUGGAGGCACCCCACCCUUGUCAUCUCAGAUGACCUUUAAAGUGGAUGUUGCAGAUGUAAAUGACAGCCCACCUCGUUUUGAGCAGACAUCAUAUACGGUUUAUAUCCCAGAGAACAAUGCCCCUGGUGCAUCUCUGGUUAUUGUUAAGGCAAGAGACUCUGACGUUGGAGAAAAUGCACGUAUUACCUAUAGUGUACUCUAUGACAACAACCCUGAUGUCCCUGUAGCCAGCUACGUCAGUGUCAAACCAGCUACAGGUGAGGCCUAUGCCCUGCGAGCCUUCGACUUUGAGAAGCUAAGAGAGUUUCACUUUCAGAUUAAAGCCCAGGAUAAUGGUGUACCUCCACGCAGCAAUGUGGCCACAGUGUAUGUUUACAUUAUUGAUCAGAAUGACCAUGCACCCAGGAUAGUUUACCCACCUGCCAACGGGAGCCGCGCCACAGAGACGCUGAUGAAAAAUGCUGAAGCAGGAGUGUUGGUUAGCAAGGUGACAGCGUGGGAUGGUGAUGCAGGGCAGAAUGCUUGGCUGUUCUAUUCCCUGGAGCAGAGCAACACAGACGUUGACCUGUUCAAGGUGCAUGAGUAUACAGGUGAGAUCCGUACCACAAGACGUGUCACUGAGGACAACUCCACCUCCUUUGUUUUGGCUGUUGUGGUGCAUGAUAAUGGUCUACUGCCACUCUCCUCUACUGCUACCAUCCAUGUGAACGUGAUGGAGCUGCCACCUAAGUUGGCUCCUGACCCCAAGCGUAUUAUCAGGCCUAACAGCCCCUUAAUGUUUUCCAAGGUCACCAUCUACCUCAUCAUUGCACUGAGUGCCACAACCUUUGUGUUUCUUGUCACCGUCUUCGUGCUGGCUAUUGUGCGCUGCCAUGCCUACUGCACCCAGCCUGGCUCCUGCUCCCCAUGUUGUGUAUCUAAGAAGGGUGUGCCAGAGGGUGGCACCUCAGCAGGUGGAGGUGCAGGUAGAGGGAGACCUGCAGCUGGAGGAGGUAACAGUGGAGGUGGAGGACAGCCAAACCAAAAUGUGGCCCAGCGCCGUGACCUCAAAGUGGAACCGCAUUAUAUAGAAGUGCGAGGAAAUGGGUCUUUUACCAAAACUUACUGUUACAAGACAUGCCUGACCGCUACGUCAGGGAGUGACACGUUUAUGUUCUACAACACCGGGCGACCGCACAGUGGCACCUGGGGCUCAGGCUACGUCACCAGCCACAGCGGACAGAGCCAAAUAUUUGUACGGCGUCUCAGUAUGCCAGACUCAACUGCCAUUCAGCCCAAGGCACCGAAUUCAGACUGGAGAUAUUCAGCCUCCCUGAGAGCAGGAGGUGUAAUGCAAAGUUCAGUGCACAUGGAGGAGUCCUCAGUAAUGCAAGGAGCCCAGGGGGUCCUGGUUCAGAACUGGCCCACUGCAUCCAGUGCCGCUGAUGGUGAAGGGGGAGAGGUGUCCCCACCAAUGGGUGCAGGCGUAGACAGUAACAGCUGGCACUUUCGCUAUGGCCCCGGAGGUCCCGGUGCACCCCCACAACACCUGAAACCCGGUGAGGUCCCCCCAGAAGCCUUCAUUAUCCCUGGAUCCCCCGCAAUAAUAUCCAUUAGACAGAACCAAGGAGGAGAGGACGACAAGAGCGAUUUCAUUACCUUUGGAAAGAAAGAGGAAGCCAAAAAGAAAAAGAAGAAGAAGAAGGAGAAGAAAGACAAGAAGGAUAAGGGCAAGGAUGAUGGAGAUGAGUAGAGGAGCAGAAAGGGAAAAUGGCAAAAAAGAAAAGGGCCAUGUUAAAACAGAGGUACCAACCAAAGUCCAGUGGGCAGGAAGAACAUGUGAAAACUGUUAUAGAUUUUUCAGCUUCAUUUGGUUACCUGUUUUCACUGAUAACAUUCUGAAGCGCCUUCUGUUAAAAACCUCGCCUUACCAGGAUUUAUUUUACCUUUAGGCCCUUGUUAAGGUAAACUAGUGGUCUUGCAUUGAGAAACAAAAAUUUCUUACACUAAUUUUCCAUUAAUGAAGGGCCACUCUUUGACCCAUUGGACAUGUUGGCACCUCUGUCUUACUCCCUCCCCAACUAUGAUAUGUAAACUAUUCUCUCCAAGAGAAGACAAAUACUUUGUACAAGAAUAACAAAAAGCGCUGUGCCAGCCAAGGAAGAGAAGACCGACAAAGAAGAUUGAGACAGAUGUAUGCAACCUGGAGCUGGACACACACGAUACUUGUAAAUAGCACAGGCGAGUGUCACUGAAGCUAAGGCCAACAUGAAACUGCUACAGAUUAUUCUGGUAAUUACCAACAGUGUUUCCUGAGAUAUCACUGAAACAACAUGCACACACACACACAUAUGUUCACACACUCAAACAUACAAACACAAAAACACAUACUUACUAUGAUAAAGUGGACGCAGAAAGCACAUGAGACCUAGAUGGAGGGAGUGAAAAUCAACUAUUAUCAAAGAAAUGUGCUUAAAACUAGAUGCUGCAAGCUUUUUGCCCUGCAGCUGCCUACAGUAUAUGCGGUCCACAUGUGUACAUCAACUGUCUCAGGAUGGAAGCAGCAUCCUUUGCGGCCACUCUGUAUUUGCUCACUGUGUUUCCAGGACACAGAGAGCUUCAUCUCAAGCCAGAAACCCUAAAAGCACCAGAAAGGUGGAGAGAUGGAGGGAUGGAAGAUAUUUCACAUCCUCCUGAGGAUCGCAGAGGGGAGAGUCCACCUGAGCUGGCUUGAGACUCCACUUUCAUUCAGUGGACUCUGAUGAAAACAUACAGAAUAUUAGGAGAGUCUUGAGACUUUGAUAACACCUUAUCUUCUCCCUCUGCUACAGCAAAAGCCUAACACUUUCUGCAUUGAAUGUUUGGUAGCAACUAGUCCUUGCCCUGAAACCUUGAGUUUACAACUGCACACCUGCUUGUAUUUGCCCCAAGCUACCACGAGCCAUCCUCUCCAUCCCCAGCUGCCUUUAACCCCACGAUCACCCAUUCUACUGACUGCCUCUUCAUGUGAUGAUGAAACUUGUGAACUUGUUCUGUUUUCAUUAUUAUUACAUUCUGACUUUUUUCUUUCUUCCUCAUAGUAUAAUCUUUUUGCGUGUCAUCCCCGUUUACCCUCACACACUGCCCCUAACCCCCGCUCUGACCCCCCCCUCAGGAUCAAUCCUGGGAAUGGCCUGCUCUGCACAUUGUGGUGUGCUGAGAGCAGCAUGGAGUAAUGUGGAUGAGGCCAGGGGGAGCCCAUUCGGGGGUCUCAGCUCUGAACACUUGUCUGAUGUCUCUCUAAGUGCAAAACGGUUCAGUGCUUUUAACUUGUGAAUACUACAAUACGCUGUUCAUUUCCUCUUUGUAGCCACUAAUGAGAGGGGACCAGGUGGGGUGAGGCAAAUUACAGGGAUGGAGGACUGGGAUAGAUGGGUGCGGUGGGCUGGCCCUACACCUCCAUGUGCAAGAGAAGAAAGUUUUUCUCCAAAUUGAUUGUUAAGGAUUGUUGAGUCACUUAUUAGCUUUUAUGUAUGCUGUAAAUGUAGGAUAGAUUUUUUAUAGAUUGCUUCUACAUUAGUAAUCGAAACCUGCUAAGAAUCUGGGCAUCUAGGGAUUCCAGUCCCACAGCUAUAUCGCAGAAAUACUUUCUCAGAAGGCUAUGAAAAGGGGGCACUCAAAUGCCUCAAGACCUGCUUCUGUUGGUUCCCCUCCUCUGCCUGUAACUCCUUGCCACAUCCCCAGAGUUUUGCGGCUCAGUAUGACGUCACUCCAUUAAGUGGCUGCUGCAUGUACUGCUCUAAGGAAACACAUACUAUAUAGAGAAAUAUAUAUAUAUAUAUAAAUAGAUAGAUGGCUAUGAUUUUAUUCUUUUGUAUUAUUUUCCUUCGUUACUUGCACAGGAGUUAUUUGUAUGUACUUCUGUCUCUGCCAAACAUCUAUGUACUACAAUCUUCAUGCUCCACAAAUGUUGUGUGGCAUCCACUAAACCUCUUUAGAUAAUUGUAAAUGCUAUAGUGUGAUACCUUUCAAUGCAAGUUUAUUUUUUUCUUUUACCAACUAUGAAUUUUGGUUUUGAGAACAAGCAAAGCAAAAAAAAAAAAGUAAAUAAAUAAGUAAAGAAAAAAAAAGACUGGCUUUGACAUGACGAUGUAACUAGCACUGUUACCUUGUAACUGAAAUAUGUAUGAUCUAUCACUUCCCUUUUACUCAAAAAAUAAAAAAAAUCACAGAAAAAAUAUUCCAGUGUAGAAAAACCGUAUAUGUAGUGUAUGCUUGUGUUUAGUGAUCGUUCAUGCUGUCAUUCUUUCCCGAUGUAUGGUGGUGAACUAUGGUUGCAUUGUGCUGUCCUAAAUGGAUCAGCCCAGAUCUGGUGUAAACCUUUUUUUUUUUUUGUACACUCAUUCAUCUACUGUGACAGUGAAGUAGUGAGUUUCAUUUAUUUUCUGACUUUUUCUUUAAUUUUACCUAAAUGGAUACAGUGGUAAUGUGUUUUGUUUAUAAAUCACCAAUAAAGUUUUCUUUCUUAAAAAUA